AUGAUUCACAAGUGUGUGACGUGUCAGCGGGUCAAAGCUCAAUCAGCACAACAGUUAAUGAGAGAUCUCCCCGCCGAUCGAGUGCAUGCUAGUAGGCCGUUUUCGAUUUCAGGUUUAGACUACGCUGGUCCCAUUCAGGUUCGCACAACUAAGGGUCGUGGACACAAGGCGUAUAAGGGGUACAUCGUUGUCUUUGUUUGCUUUUCCACCCGAGCGAUUCAUUUGGAGCUGGUGAGCGAUCUGACGACAGCCACUUUUAUCAGUGCAUAUCGUCGAUUCGUUGGUAGGCGAGGGGUGUGCCAGAAGCUCUACAGCGAUAACGCCACCAACUUCCAUGGAGCAGACAACGAGCUGAAGGCGAUGUUCCAGCGGGCGUCGGAUUUUUAUCAAAAGGUUGCCUCGGUUCUAGCAAAUGACGGAACGGAGUGGGUGUUCAUUCCUCCUAGCGCUCCACAUUACGGAGGUUUGUGGGAAGCUGGUGUGAAGUCCGUAAAGCACCACUUGAAGCGGGUCGUAGGGGAGCACACUCUCACGUUCGAGGAGCUUUCGACAGUUCUCGUUGAGAUAGAAGCGUGCCUUAACUCUCGUCCAUUAGGGGCUUUGACUUCGGACAUUGAUGACCUCCAUGCGUUGACACCCUUUCACUUUUUGACAGGAAGUUUCUCAGCGAUGAUUCCUGCUGAUGAUUCGCCAGACGUGCCUCUGAAUCGUUUGAGUCGUUUUCAGUUGCUCCAGCGGAUACGUAACCAGUUCUGGAAUCGUUGGUCGUCGGAAUACCUCCUCCAUUUGCAGCAGCGAGAAAAGUGGCGGAAUCCAACAGAGAAUUUUUGUGUAGGUAAGCUCGUUCUUAUCAAGGAUGAUCGUUAUCCUCCAUCCAAAUGGCCGUUAGGACGAAUCGUUGAGGUCCAUCCAGAUACAGAUGAUCUCGUCCGUGUGGUUACAGUGAAGACUGCUACCACUUCUCUUCGUCGUCACGUUGCUCGUCUUUGUCCGUUGCACAUCGAGGAAGGGGCUAAGAAGACUUGA